AUGUCGGCGUCUAUCAGUGAAAAAAUAACUGAAUGCGACUUAUGCGAUGAAAUCAGACGCUCAUCCUUUCUGAUUAGGGGUUAUUCUUUGGCAAUCCUCACGUGGAAGGAGGUCGAUAAAGUUUGCAUACUGAGUGGUCAGCAUAAGAAGCAAUGGAGUGAAUGGGUUAAACCCUUCGCUCCGAUGCGGGCAGAAUUUAUGAACAGCACAAAACGGGUGCAAUCGGUCAUAACAAGACCGUGCCUUAAAGCCAUCAACAGUAAGUACGAAGUGGCGGAGCGGAUGAAUCACGAAUUGCUCGAGCAACGAGGAUGGUGCAAUACAAGGCCCGAGGAUAAAGUAAAUGGCGAGUACGGUCAGAUCAGCGAUAUAUACUAA